AUUGUCUAUAAAGCCUGGCUCUGUUCCCAGUAUUUUGAAGUCACACAGUCUAACUGCAGAAAGACAAUUCCUUGCAAGCAAUAUUGUUUGGAGGUUCAGACACGGUGUCCGUUUAUAUUGCCCGACAAUGAUGAAGUCAUCUACGGAGGCCUCUCCAGUUUCAUCUGUACAGGCGAAGGUGAAGUUUACCUUUGAAUGCCUAAGAAGAAAUGAAUAUUGGCUCUACGAAACCUUUCUAACCAAUGAUGAACCAGAAUGCUGUGACGUCAGGAGAGAAGAGCAAUCAAACAACCCAUCCAAAGGGACGGUGGAGAAAAGUGACUCCUGUCACAGGACAUCGCUCACAGUGUCAUCAGCAACAAGACUGUGCAACAGCAGACUCAAACUGUGUGUCCUUGUACUGAUCCUCCUGCACACAGUGCUUACAGCCUCAGCAGCUCAGAACACGACAGCGCUGAGCCUCGGAGGCCUCAACACUCUGGAGGAAAACUCAACCAAUGAGGAAUAAGGAAAGGAUCGAGGGUCACCAGAGCAGCAGCCGGCCCACCAGGAAGAACACGACUGCUGCUCAGCGUCACAGAAACUGGGUGCUUUUACCCUCUAAAUACUUCUUGCAAGGCCUUUAGGGUAAAAUUUAAAAAGAUGGGCCUGGAUCCAAACAAGGACACAACCACAGCUUUUUAUUGACUAAAAGGCUGUCAAGUGACUUUAAAUUUCUCACACCAUUUUAUACACUGUGUUUUAAUGUUUGGAGGUUUUAUUUGCUUUUGUUUUGGUUUGGGUUUGUUUGUGUAUUUUAUUUUUUUGCACUUGUUAAUACAGGAUUUAUUUUGGGGGAUGGUUUCUCAGAGGUAAACCAAGUCUUUUCACUGUCUCUAUCUCUCUCUAUAUAUAUUUCUAGUCAUUGUGUGUGUUCAUCAGAUAAUUCUGUCUUUAUGUCCUGUCAGUUUCUAUUAGAGGAAUGAUUGCUAUGGCCUCAUGGUAUAGCAAAAAAUAACAACAAAAAAAGAAUAAAAAAGAAAAAAGACAAAAAAAAGAAAACAACAAAAAAUAAAAAUAAAAAAAUUCCCUAAGUCUCCCCUCUACCCAUGGAACCAACGCCCUCCCCUGGCCCUCUUCUUGUCCCCUAAGCAGACAACAUCCGCUUGCUUCUGUCUGUGCACCACAGUGAAUGGCUGUGCACACUUGGCCGGCCUCUGAGCCACUGUUGUACAAGCCCGAAACAGAGUGAAGCCAAGGGGGCCUGGCGGGGGUUCCAUUUUAGCUGAACAAACAAGAGCUCUCCAUAAUAGGUGGAAUCAGACAGUUAACACAUUUUUAUGUUGAAAACAAAAUAAAAGGAAAAAAAAAAAACUAUCAUGAACUGUGUUGAUCCAGUUCCCAUUGCCAAGUGGUCCAGUCCUUUCUUGCUGGUCAGUUGGAUGGGAUCAGCCUCCAGGAUGAGGGUGUGGGGAGCGUGGAAGUCCUUCCCUUGAAGAUGGAGGUGGGCUUUCCCUGUGGUUCCAGUUCUGUUGCAGUAAGACGCGAGCACAUUUUGGCCAUUGUAAUGGGAACAAAGAGACUGAAGAUCCAAAUCUGGACUUCUUACCCUCCUUUAUUGUUGUGGAAGAGAUAGUAGAAAUGCUCAAACACCUGCAGUAUACAGAAUAUGUACAAUUUUAUCCCAGUAUUUCCCCAACACAUGGUUUAAAAUUAUUGAAGGUAUAAAGUGUAUGCAAUUCUGCAUUAUUACAAAGGAACAACUUCUUUUUUAAAAAAGAAAUAGUUCAGCCAUUUUUAUUAAAGUGCAAAAACUUUAUCACCCUAACAUACUCUAGGUAGUUGAGGAAAAGAGGAGUCUGAUCACUCUGUACAUUUUUUUUUCUUUAUGGGAACAUUUCACCUGCUGAGUGUAUAUGAAUUUGCUUUCUAAAAAAAAGGCUUUUAUGAGUUUACAGUAGAAUCAGUGGAAGGAAGAGUUAAUAAGGGCUGUUUUUAAAAACAAACAAACAAACAAAACAAAUAAUUUAAAAAAAAAAAACACUUUACAUUCCUUCCUAUUCUCUAACUACACUUGGGAAGUGCACUUCAGAUAAGUUUGCUGUGUGGCUGGGAGAUGAAAGAAAUCCAUAGAAAAGGUCCUCUUAGUGAACAAAAUUUAGUUAUUAACUUUAUAGCUAUGAAAUUCCCCCUGGCAUUUGUUUUUGUUCAGACUCUAACCUCUGCAUCAUACUUAACCCUGCGACAUGCGUACAGUAUGCAUAUUUUGUUUUGAAAAAAAAUGUUUUGUUUCAGUCUGUUAAGAAUAUUCAAAAAAUAAUAAAGGUAUUGCUUAAUAAAAUUGCUAGAAUUGUUUAGCAGUACAUGCACAAAUA